AUGCUAAAUUCAAGCAAAAACAAUGUUUGGGAAUUGCCAAAAAUACUUCUGGAAGAAUUAUCCUAUCAUGUUACUACAGAAGAUCUUAGAAAAGCAGAUACAUUAAAUGAAGCUCAGCGUGCAAUAUUUGAUGAGGUGUUAAACCUUAUAAACCAAGGUGAAGGAGGUGUACUGUUUGUGGAUGGUCCUACUGGAAGUGGAAAAACCUAUCUUUAUGAUUGUCUUCUUGCCCAUGUAAGAAUCAAUCGUAAGAUUGCAUUGUCAGUAGCCUCUUUCAGCAUUGCUGCAUUACUAUUACAUGGGACCGAGUUAGCCAGAUUGCUACAAGAAACUACCCUGAUCAUCUGGGAUGAAGCCCCAAUGACACAUUGUCAUGUUCCUGAAGCUGUUGACAGAACAUUAAGAGACAUUAUGGAGAAUGAACUUCCAUUUGGUGGUAAAAUAUUUUUGUUUGGAGGUGACUUUCAACAAGUUCUUCCUGUAGUUCAUAAAGGCACAAGAACUCAAAUUGUUAAUGCUGCUCUCAACAACAAAAAAUUUGCAGAAUACCUUUUGAGGAUAGGUAAUGGUACUGAACCUACAAUAGGAAACAACCUAAUUCAACUUCCUGAUAAGAUGAUCAUUCACCCACAGAAUGGCAAGGAUCCCAUUAAUUUAUUAAUAGACACCAUUUACCCUAACCUCACUGAAAAUUCUGCAAACAUCACCUUUUUAACAACAGAAAGAGCAAUACUGACCCCAUUGAACAAUGAUGUUGAUGUAAUCAAUGAGAGAAUCAUGGCCAAAUAUCCUGGAGAGAAGUUGCCAGAAGAUGACCAGAAUCUAUAUCCAAUUGAAUAUCUCAAUUCAAUAACACCACAAGGUCUUCCUCCACAUGAGCUCACUCUAAAAACCAAUGUUUCAAUCAUGUUACUUAGAAACCUAGAUCCUGUCAAUGGACUCUGUAAUGGGACUAGGCUUAUCUGUAAGCAACUCCAAACAAGAACAAUUGAAGCUGAAAUAAUCACUGGGGAUCAUAAAGGCAGACAUGUAUUCAUCCCAAGAAUUACCCUAAUGUCCACUGAGAAUGCUGGGUUACCCUUUGUAUUAAAAAGAAAACAAUUUCCUGUACGACCAGCAUUUGCCUUGACAAUAAAACAAAUCCCAAGGCCAAACACUGUCUCAUAUUGGUCUAUACCUACCACAACCUGUCUUUACUCAUGGACAAUUGUACGUAGCCAUGUCAAGGAAGCUUUAGUACUAUAG